GAGUUGGCAACCCUGAGCAGCGGUCCUUCCUUCACAACAAGUCACCAUGGCUGACGCACAGGCCCAGGAACUACGGAAGAAGAGAACCUUCAGGAAGUUCACCUACCGAGGGGUGGACCUGGACCAACUGCUGGACAUGAACAAUGAACAGCUGGUUGAGUUGUUCCCUUGCCGUCAGCGUCGCCGUUUCCAGCGGGGAUUAAAGCGUAAACAUAUGGCUCUCCUAAAGAGGCUGAGAAAGGCUAAGAAGGAAUGCCCAGCCCUUGAAAAGCCUGCCGUUGUCAAGACACAUUUGCGUGACAUGAUCAUUGUACCUGAAAUGGUAGGAUCUAUGGUCGGUGUGUAUAAUGGCAAGACCUUCAAUCAAGUUGAAAUUAAGCCAGAGAUGAUCAGUCAUUACCUAGCUGAGUUCUCCAUCACCUACAAGCCAGUUAAGCAUGGUAGGCCGGGUAUUGGUGCCACCCACAGCUCCAGGUUUAUCCCUCUUAAGUAGAUCUAAAUAAAGGAAUAAGAGAGA